GCCGAUAAUAAAGGGCGCUACAAACGCUGUCAACUGUCAAAUAACUUGUUGACUUGUGAAAAUUGAAAAAUAGCAAUUCACUGCGGCUUAGCAAGUAACUUUGAAAAUACACACUUCUCGUUGUAAAAUUAUCAAGGAAAUAUGAGUUCGAUAGGAACAGGUUACGAUCUUUCCGCUUCACAAUUCUCCCCCGACGGACGGGUUUUCCAGGUGGAGUACGCCAUGAAGGCUGUGGAAAACAGCGGGACAAUUAUUGGGUUGAAAGCAAAAGAUGGGGUUAUACUGGCAGCAGAAAAACUGAUUCUCUCCAAGUUACACGAAACUGGCACCAACCGCCGGAUUUUCAACAUCGAUACGCACAUUGGGAUGGCUGUAUCGGGGUUGAUUGCAGAUGCCAGACAAAUAGUGGAAAUAGCUCGCAAGGAAGCAGCGGCUUACAGAACCAAAUACGGCACCAAAAUCCCCGUCAAAUUCCUCAACGACAGAGUCAGCAUGUACAUUCAUGCUUACACUCUUUACAGUGCCAUCCGCCCAUAUGGUUGCAGCGUUAUUUUGUCGAGUUUCGAUAACGAUGAACCCGAGAUGUACACCAUUGACCCAUCAGGCGUCAGCUUUGGUUUCCAUGGUUGCGCGACCGGAAAAGCAAAACAAUCGGCGAAAACCGAAAUCGAGAAGUUAAAGCUGGGAAAUUACACUUGCAAGGAAUUGGUAAAAGAGGCAGCCAAAAUUAUUUACACGGUUCACGACGAACUUAAAGACAAGAAUUUCGAGUUGGAGUUGUCUUGGGUCUGUAAAGACAGCAAAGGCGUGCACGAAAAGGUUCCCGAUUCUGUGUACAGCGACGCUGAAAAAGCUGCCAAACAAGCGAUGGAAGCCGAUUCCGAAUCAGAUACAGAAGAUAUGUAAUUUUAAUGCUUUAUUUUUUUUAAGUUAUAAUAAUAUCAAUAAACAUACUUGCUAAUUCUUUUUA